CUCGUCGCAUUUGUUCUCGAUCUAUUCCUCCCUAUCUCAUCCAAGAAUCGCCCCUUCUCAACCCACGCCCUUCUGCGCAUCGUCUCCUAAACAAUAUGCCACGCUCUGCCACUCCCCGCUGCGCCUUCAAGAUGCCACGGAAUCCGAAGUACGAAUGCGUCAGAGCAGGAAAGAUGUGCCAGCCCCUUUUCGGCGCCUGGUACUGUAGUUUUCAUGAUCGGUAUGCGAAGCAACGAUGUCAAGCUUUCUUUGAGUUCCAGGGAUCCGGUAUGCAGUGUCCUGAGUUGGGGACUGUUGUGGAUGAAGAGACGGGGCGCAGGUAUUGUGAGAUUCAUGACCCUAGUUGUGUGAUUGGCUUUGGGGUAGAAGAAGGGGUGGAAGAGGGAGAGAUGGGUGUCGAGGAGAUGGCGGAGGAGUCGGUGGAGUCGGACCACACUGCAUCACCGCAGAAGGAUUUCGAAUCCGACCCAUUUACGGAAUGCAUGCAUGCACCCGAAGACUUCCGAAACGCUGCGCAAGAGCAAGUCCAAAUGGAUAAAGACAACCUGCAGCCCACAGAUCACGAGCACGCUCCGCCCGCCACCAAUGACGCGUCAACCCGAGCUCCGACAGUCUUAAAGAAGCAGCAGCCCAGAAUAGGUAGCGAUGAUGCAGAUACCAUGGAGCAUCCUCGUCAGCACAUCGCCGCCAUGUACGUACAUUGCAAUGUCUGCCUUGAAGAACAUGACAUGUCGAUCAUGCACCGAAUCGAUCCGUGUGGGCAUCAGUUUCGAACUCUGUGCUUAGAAACAGUACUCCGGAAAGGCAGUGUACGCAAGUAUAAUUGCUCUAGUUGCCGGAUAUGGAUGGAGGAUAUUAGGAGAUCCAGGAUGGACCAGUAA